CCAAAGGCUCACCCUUAAGAAAUACGAGGUYUUCCUUAUUCUAGCCUUCAAAAUCGGUUUUGCAUUUUGCAUCUCUGCUUCCCCCCAGAUAGCAUAAUUGCUGUAUCCUCCGUUACACCUACAGUGGCCGUUUUUUCCUUUAGCCAAGACUUCCGCCCACAUCAAAGAUGGCGGUUGGGCGGCCUUCUUAAUCUCUACGGAGUUUGGCAGGGUCUGACGUCCGAGCUGGCGGGGUGGAGCGGUUAAUAAACAGCAAAUGCCGGAGCUACUGCGCGGAAUUCUGCCAUGGACUGGAAAGAAGUGCUUCGCAGGCGAUUAGCGACGCCCAACACCGAUCCAAACAAUCAAAAAAGUGAACAAGAAUUAAAAGAUGAAGAAAUGGAUUUAUUUACCAAAUACUACUCAGAAUGGAAAGGAGGUAGAAAAAACACAAAUGAAUUAUAUAAGACCAUUCCUCGGUUUUAUUAUAGGUUGCCAGCUGAAGAUGAGGUUUUACUACAGAAAUUAAGAGAGGAAUCCAGAGCUGUUUUUCUCCAAAGGAAAAGCAGAGAACUCUUAGAUAAUGAAGAAUUACAGAACUUAUGGUUUUUGUUGGACAAACACCAGACACCACCUAUGAUUGGAGAGGAAGCAAUGAUCAAUUAUGAAAAUUUUUUGAAGGUUGGCGAAAAAGCUGGACCAAAAUGCAAGCAAUUUUUCACUGCAAAAGUCUUUGCUAAACUCCUUCAUACAGAUUCUUAUGGAAGAAUUUCCAUCAUGCAGUUCUUUAACUAUGUCAUGCGAAAAGUUUGGCUUCAUCAAACAAGAAUAGGACUCAGUUUAUAUGAUGUUGCUGGUCAAGGGUACCUUCGGGAAUCUGAUUUAGAAAACUACAUAUUGGAACUUAUCCCUACUUUGCCACAAUUAGAUGGCCUGGAAAAAUCCUUUUACUCCUUUUAUGUUUGUACAGCAGUUAGGAAAUUUUUCUUCUUUCUGGACCCUCUAAGAACAGGAAAAAUUAAAAUUCAAGAUAUUUUAGCAUGCAGCUUCCUGGAUGACUUAUUGGAGUUAAGGGAUGAAGAACUAUCCAAAGAGAGUCAAGAAACAAAUUGGUUUUCUGCUCCUUCUGCCCUAAGGGUUUAUGGCCAGUAUUUGAAUCUUGAUAAGGAUCACAAUGGUAUGCUCAGUAAAGAAGAACUGUCUCGCUAUGGAACAGCAACCAUGACCAAUGUCUUCUUAGAUCGUGUUUUCCAGGAAUGUCUCACUUAUGAUGGAGAAAUGGACUAUAAGACCUACUUGGAUUUUGUUCUUGCAUUAGAAAACAGGAAGGAACCUGCAGCUUUGCARUAUAUUUUCAAACUGCUUGAUAUUGAGAAUAAGGGAUAUCUCAAUGUCUUUUCCCUUAAUUAUUUCUUUAGGGCCAUACAAGAACUAAUGAAAAUCCAUGGACAAGAUCCUGUUUCAUUUCAAGACGUCAAGGAUGAAAUCUUUGACAUGGUAAAACCAAAGGAUCCUUUGAAAAUCUCUCUUCAGGAUUUAAUCAAUAGUAAUCAAGGAGAUACAGUCACUACCAUUCUAAUUGAUCUGAAUGGCUUCUGGACUUAUGAAAACAGAGAAGCCCUUGUUGCGAAUGACAGUGAAAAUUCUACAGACCUUGAUGAUACAUGAUCUCUAAAAAACUAGACUCUCUUAAGAUGCUUGAAUGCUGCAUGUGAAACCUUUGAAGCAGAACUCCUUUAGAAAUGGUUUAAAUAAAAUAAUGUGUCUAAAAAACACAACAAGUGUUUCAGUUCCUGGAAUUUUGUUAUAUAGUUUGGAAACAAUAGGACCAAAUACUGCUUAUUUAGGAGGUAAGUUCUGGUUUCAUUUAGCUCAAGCUCAAAUAUGGCAAGUGUGAUUUGCAGUAGGUACAAGGAUAUUCAGUUAAAUCUGCAUAAUCUUUAGAGAUAAUUUUCUUGGAAUAUUUCUGAUCCUCAUACAGAAUUAGAAUAUUUGAGGAAUGGUUUAAAUUAUUGGCCAUUUAACCUUCAUUCUUCAUCUAAAACAUUAUAUGGUAUCAGGGAUGUUAAAUGACUUUCCAUUAGAGUGGAGCCAUUUAUUUCUGGGUUAUAAGUGUUUGGACAUGAUCUUUCUUUUAAUAGGAUGAUGUGUCAAUAAAAAUUACUAAAACUAAUCACUGAUAUAAAAAGAAAUCUGUCUACAUUAUUUAGCCAGUAUACCACAGUUAUAUUUAUAAAACUUAAUUCCAUAUUAUUUAAGGAUUUUUGUUAGAAAAUGUAUUUAAUUAAGUAAAGACUAAUUAUACUAAUUGUUGAGUUUAGUUUUUUUGAGAUUAGAAGCAGAAUAUCAUGAACUGUUAAAAA